AUGUCUAAGCUUUUUGGGGCGUUAGAGGCGUUGAUCGACGCGCCAUUCGCGAGGGCGGGGACAACGCCGGCUCCUCGGCGAAUUGGCAGUAUAUACGAAAACAUCACACGAAAAGCAGCAUCGCACAGAGUCGAGCAGCCAACAUGGCUAGCCAUGACGACGGCUGCAACCAUGACGAUGAGCUCGCCGGAGUCCUUGACGCCACUCCACUGCAUGGCGAGCGCUGAACGACUGGUAACAAACGCGAUUAAGAACGCGGAGCUGAUGCGCGAAGCCAGACUGAAGUGCAUCGGGUUCAAUGGCGUUCCACGUACCAUCAACUAUCUCAACGCCUUCCGCGGCAGCCUCCCCGAAGAGGUAGGCGCAGGUCUCACAACCCAACCAUCUCGAACGCCCUCUGCAGGUGAUAUAAAGAGGCGUGGCCGCGCGCUCUGGGACUCAAUUUACCGCCCCUUCGAGACGAAGCUUGUGGAGAAGCUCGCUCACUCCCACCCCGACCUCCCGGUUCAUAUCAUCAAUUCUGAAUACGAGGCAGUCGCUUGUCUGAGAGCGCAGACGGGCGCCGGUCCACAAGUUACAAGCCAUCUCUUUGGGAUGUUAAAGGCGCUUGAUGAUGGAACAUGGAAGGACUGUAUGUGGAUACUAGAGAGAGUUGGUAAUAUCGUCCAGGCCAUUGGAGGAAGCCAAGGAAGUACAUUCGCUCCACCCCGAGCAAAAAUAUAG